AUGGCGCCAGUUGGGUCAAUGCUCUGGAGGUCCCUCCGCGUGUGGCAGGUGUACGGCGCCAACACUGAGGUCGGAAAGACUGUGCUUACCACGACGCUCUGCAAGGCGGCGAGGAACCGGUAUCAAGAUGAGGUGACGGCAUAUCUCAAACCAGUCUCCACCGGUCCUUUGGACGAGGCAGAUUCACACCACAUUCAGAAGUAUGCCCAAGGAGUUUCCCACGCCACACUCCACCAGUAUGAUCUUGCCAUAAGCCCGCAUGCUGCAGCAAGGGGCAAGCUUCAGCUUGUUCCGUCGGACAAGGGCCUCCUAGAGUCCAUCUACGCCCAUGCGGCAAAGACAGCAGCCAACAGUCCGGGAUGGUUGUUCAUCGAGACUGCCGGUGGUGUGCAUUCCCCUGGACCUUCUGGCGCUUCGCAGGCCGAGCUCUACAAGCCGCUCCGCUGCCCCGUUGUCUUGAUUGGAGACCCCAAGCUGGGCGGUAUCUCUCUAACCAUCUCUGCUUUUGAGUCUCUGAAAAUUCGUGGCUAUGACGUUGAGGCUAUUCUGUUGUUUCGCGAAGACCAGUACAACAAUUGGGAAUACCUCACAGAAUAUUUCAAGGAACACUACAAUAUUCCAGUGUACACGGUUUCACCACCGCCUGCACGAGAUGCUGUCUCGGCAGAGACCGAUGCUCAAGCCAUGAAGGAGUAUUAUAAAGAAGCAAGUCGACUGCCGGUCAUGCAUGACAUACUCAAACACUUGGAUAGCAAGCACAAGGGCCGGAUCACUCGUCUCGAGUCUAUGGCCACCACAGCACACGAGAAGAUUUGGUAUCCAUUCACACAGCAGAAACUUGUGACCCCAGCCUCCAUCACUGCCAUUGACAGUGCCAAUGCAGACUUCUUUCAAACACUGGUACCACAAGGUUCGCGUGAUGAUAGCAAGAGCAGCACGCCGCUGCUGCAGCCGUCCUUCGACGGCUCGGCCUCGUGGUGGACGCAAGGGCUCGGCCACGGAAGCACCUCGCUGACGCUGGCGGCCGCGUACGCCGCGGGCCGGUACGGACACGUCAUGUUUGCCGAGGCGGUGCACGAGCCGGCGCUGGCGCUCGCCGAGACGCUGCUGGGCGGCAUGGCCAACCCGCGGCUGACGCGCGUCUUUUACUCGGACGACGGCAGCACCGGCGUCGAGGUCGCGGUCAAGAUGGGCCUGCGCGCCGCGCGGGUCCGGUACGGCUGGCCCGCCGGCGACAAGCUCGGCAUCAUUGGCCUCAAGGGCGGGUACCACGGCGACACGAUUGGCGCCAUGGACUGCGCGGAGCCGAGUGCCUUUAACGAAAAGGUCGAGUGGUACGAGGGCAAGGGUAUGUGGUUUGAUACGCCUAGCAUCAAGUGCGUCAAUGGGAAAUGGGUUAUCGAAAUCCCGGAAGAAUUACGAGGCCAUAUGAAGAACGACGGCUUCGACUUUGACACUCUGAGCGACGUGUUUGAUAUUGAGCAGAGAGAGAAGCAAGGGUCCCAUGAGGCGUAUGAGAAAUACAUAGAAGAGACUCUGCAAUCUCAUCUUGCAAAGGGUAGGAAAUUUGGCGCUGUCUUGCUUGAGCCUGUCGUCUUGGGUGCCGGCGGAAUGAUUUUGGCUGAUCCUCUUUUCCAAAGAGCUCUGGUCAACGUCGUAAGGCGUUCUGCAGAUUUAUUCGGCGUUGCCAGAGACGAUGUCUCCUCUUCAGACAAACUCGGCUGGACUGGUCUACCAAUCAUUUUUGAUGAGGUUUUCACGGGUCUCUACCGCCUGGGUAGAUUCUCUGCAUCAUCAUUCCUCAACAUUGAUGCCGACAUUUCGGUGCAUGCCAAGCUUUUGACUGGAGGUCUUGUGCCGCUCUGCACCACCCUUGCAUCUGAAAGCAUCCUCCGUGCCUUUGAAUCGGACGACAAGACGGAUGCCUUGCUCCAUGGGCACAGCUACACGGCACACCCGGUGGGCUGCAACGUUGCCACCGAGUCUCUUCGCCAAAUGCAGGCCAUGGAGCGCAACGGCGACUGGGACUGGGCAAAGUCGGGCGGCUGGUCAACAUCCACCGCCAAGGACGUCGUGGCAGACGACUGCAGAGUCUGGUCAAUCUGGAGCAGCGGCUUCAUUGACUGGCUCUCUCGCCAUCCCGCGGUGGCGGGCGCCUGGGCACUGGGGAGCGUGCUUGCCAUCCACCUCCAUGCGCCUGAUGGCUCCGGCUACACGAGCAAUGUAGCAGCGAGCCUCAGGGAUGCGCUGCGUACCAAUGCGAGCGACCGUGAUGAGGCUCCUUGGAAUAUUCAUAGUAGGGUAUUGGGCAAUGUCCUCUAUUGCAUGGGUGGCCAGCGAUCGACGGGGCAGGAUAUAAGAGAGCUGGAAAAUGUUCUUCGGCGAGCGUUGGAUAAACAGUAA